AGCGUGGGCAUUCUGGCAUCACUGGUUGGCAAUCGUUGGCGCUACAAAAUCAUACAAAAUAUUUUUGGCAGCUAACUUUGUCGCAUGUGUUUUAAUAGAAAUUUUCAUCAAUAAUGGUUUAUUAUUUCAUAAGUGAAGUGGUACAGCCACCCAUUACACUGUUUAUGGGAGUUGACAAAUAUGAGAAUGAAGACCUUAUCAAAUGGGGUUGGCCAGAAGAUGUAUGGUUUCAUGUUGAUAAAUAUUCCUCUGCUCAUGUAUAUCUUCGACUUCGACAUGGUCAGACAAUAGAUGACAUUCCCAGCACUGUGUUGGAAGAUGCCGCACAAUUGGUAAAAGCAAACAGCAUUGAAGGAAACAAAAUGAAUGAUAUUGAUGUAGUGUAUACAAUGUGGUCAAAUUUGAAAAAAACACAAGGUAUGGAGGUUGGUCAAGUUGGUUUCCACAAAGACAAGGAUGUUCGUAAGAUUCAUGUUGCCAAGCGGAUAAAUGCCAUUGUAAAUCGGCUUAACAAGACGAAACGUUCCGAACAAGUAAACUUUAGAGCUGAGAGAGAACAGAGAGAUAUGAAUGAACGAGAAGACAAGAAAAAACUCUUAAGAGAACAGAAAGAAAGGGAAAAAGCAGAGGAGAAACGACGUCAGGAAGAAGCAGAGAUGAGAAGUUAUAAUUCUCUAUUUAAUACAUCUAAUAUGACUUCAAACACGGAGAACAGUGGAUACGAUUCGGAUGAUUUCAUGUGAUGAAACUAAUAUUAUUGUUUAUAACAUGUGCCUGAUUCUUCACCAUCUCCAGCAAAAAAUGUGCAAAAGAAGAAAAUUGCAGAAUAAAACGUAUAAAAUAUCUUUCAGCGAUUUGGUGCAGAUAAGCGCGUGUGUAAGUCUUACAAGUGCUACACUCGCAUGAUUUGUCUAUCGGUAUUAAAUCUUUUUUAAACUGCGCUUGCUUCAAAUUGAGCUGUCCCGUUUGUAUCAAAGCACAACCAAAUCUCUGAAAGUUUCAUUUUAACACUUUAAUUUUCCAAUAUCUUGCGCACAUAAAGUUUUUCAAUAUAUAAAAUACUUACAGCUGUUCUCGUUGGAAAUACACAAUCAUACAUAUCGAUUCCUAACGCACUGCAUACAAUUAGGUCAACUGCAAAUCCAACACCCAUAAGAUAUCGCGGUUUAUCUUUUGGAAGGAUAUUUGUUGAUAGAUGGACCAUUUUCCAAAAAUCGUCCUUACUCUCCCCACCACUAAAAUUGUUAUAAAAAUUAUUAUUAUAUAUAAGAUUUUGUUUUUUUUCCUUUUUUUUUUAAAUUUAUUAUUUAUAUUUUAACCAAUAAUCUAGUAAUAUAUUUACCUUAAGCCUCCUAUGGCAUAUCCAUUCACUUUUCGCUUAAUUAAUUGUCGUGCGCUUUCGGAUCGUAGUUCGGGAUUUAAACCACCUUGCACGAUUGGAAAUAUACUUUGCUCAUUUGAUCUUUCAUGUGCUGAUAAACAACGAUCUAGCCAACGUGUUGUUCUAAAAAAAUGAUUUAUUGUAUCAGAUUAAUAUAACAUUUAAUUACAAAUUAGGCAAUAUUUAAGUAUAUGUAAUCUAACAUUUAAUAUAAAAAAAAAAAAUGUUUUUAAAACGAAAAUU